AACCGACUACAAGAUUGCUAAUAUUGGCAGGUUUGUCAACACUCAGAAAGGUGAUGGAGAAAGUAAGACACAGAAAACAAAAUGGAAACCAGGCUCUUGAUGAUAUAUCUGUUACAAGCAAGAAACCUAAAUCCACAAACUUACAGAAAGAGGUGGGUCUGAUCAGUGGAAUCUGUGUCAUUGUCGGAACUGUGAUAGGUUCGGGAAUUUUUAUUUCUCCCAAGUCUGUCCUGGCUAAUAUUGGAGCAAUCGGACCUUGCUUGGUUAUCUGGGCAGCCUGCGGAGUGUUGGCCACUUUAGGGGCACUCUGCUUUGCUGAGCUCGGCACAAUGAUCCCCAAAUCAGGAGCGGAAUAUCCUUACCUGCUCGAAGCCUUUGGGCCCAUUCCAGCCUUCUUGUUUUCCUGGUCUAGUCUCAUGGUCAUCAAGCCCAGCGCCUUCGCCAUUAUCUGCCUCAGUUUCGCAGAGUACGUGUCAGCUCCAUUUUACCCAGGAUGUGACCCUCCUGUGCUGGUCAUUAAGUGCUUGGCUACAGUAACCAUUGUGGCCAUUACAGUCCUGAAUUCACUGAGUGUGAAAUGGACGAGCUAUGUUCAGAACAUUUUAACUGCUACUAAAAUGAUAAUUGUCAUAAUUAUCAUUGUGAGUGGCAUCGUUCUCUUGGCCAAAGGAAACACAAAAAAUUUUAACAAUUCUUUUGACAGUUCCUCCAUUUCCGUGGGAAGCAUAAGCCUGGCAUUUUACAGUGGACUCUGGGCCUAUGAUGGAUGGAAUCAACUUAAUUAUAUCACAGAAGAGCUUAAAGACCCUUACAGAAAUCUGCCGUGGUCUAUAAUAAUUGGAAUCCCCCUGGUCACGGUGUGUUAUAUUUUGAUCAAUGUUUCUUAUUUCACGGUCAUGACAGCCACGGAACUGUUGCAGUCUCAAGCAGUUGCAGUGACGUUUGGGGAUCGAGUCCUUUACCCUGCUUCUUGGAUUGUUCCUCUUUUCGUGGCCCUUUCAGCCCUGGGGGCGGCCAAUGGGACUUGCUUCACGUCUGGCAGGCUUGCUUACGUCGCAGGACGUGAAGGGCACAUGUUAAAGGUUUUAUCCUACAUCAGCGUUAAACGUUUAACGCCGGCACCUUCGGUUAUAUUUUAUGGGAUGGUAGCGUUUUUUUAUGUCCUCCCAGGAGACAUCGAUACCCUCAUUAACUACUUCAGCUUUGCAGUCUGGUUCUUCUAUGGCUUAACUGUCUUGGGACUGAUUGUGAUGCGCUACACCAGAAAAGAUCUGGAAAGGCCUAUCAGAAUACCGCUGAUCAUCCCUUUUGUUGUGGUGCUAGUGGCCAUCUUUCUGGUUCUGGCACCUAUUAUCAGUCAGCCUGAGCUUGCAUAUUUGUACUGUGUCCUAUUUAUUUUUAGCGGACUUAUUUUUUACGUUCUUUUCGUCCAUUAUAAGUUUGGCUGGGCUCAAAAAAUCUCAGAGCCUAUCACCCUGUAUCUUCAGAUGCUGCUGGAAGUCGUUCCAUCGGAAGAAAUUAUUGAAUGAAAAAAAAAAAAGAUU